CCUCCACUUCUCCCCCGUCCCCACCCUUCUUCCCAAAACCCCAGCCUCUAUUCUCCGCUACCACCCUUUCCCCUCUCCACGGCGCGCACGAGCCUCUCUCCCAUGGCGGCGGCGGCGGCGGCGGCGGCGAUGGCUGCGGGAAGAUACGUUCUAGCGCAGUUCGUUGACGUGGCGGCAAGGGCCAAGAAGAGUGCUUUGCGCCCAACAUUCCUGGUCAUGCUUGUGCUGUACCCAGUUGUGAUCUUUUUCACGCUUGGGGUUCGCAUUUCGCAUCUUGAAGCUGUGAGCUUAGUCCCGUCUGGUUCCGGUGGCCUGACCUUCGAUGGAGUCGUCUUCUUCCGCACAUGCAUCUCCUUCAUCCUGUACUCUCUGAUCCAUGCAUGCCUCCUAGCCUACAUGAUGGUGCCUCAGAGUGCUCCUGGUGCGCCCAGGAUGGCAAGAGCAUUCUCGUGGUUCGCUCCCCUCACCUUCUGGUUGUGCUCAUUCUUGUACUUCUACACCUACGCGGACAUGACCAGGUACGGCACCCACGUCUCCGAUUGAAUCGCCAUGGGAGUCGGGUCUGUUGGCAUUCUGGCCAUCACCUUGUUCCUCAUCCGUACACCACUGUAGCUGGACAAUGCUAUCACUGAUGGUGAUCAUGAGGCUUGACGGAGCUGAGAAAUAACCUUGGUUUGGUGGUAGAUGUAAUGCUGAUCUAGCUGGAGUUGUAUUAGAGAAAUUAAACUUUUUCAUUUAGGCAUGAGUGACUACAAGUCCUCUUUUUAUGUAAUGGAUAUAUAUGUCUAUUUAUCUAUCCUUGGUAUUGAACUUAUAUUUUGCUUGGAGA